AUGGCGUCCAUUCAAUCUGUCUUUCUCUACAAUCCUCUUCUUCCCUUAAGACCUCGUCAUUCUCUUUCCACUAAAACCCUCGGAACCCCUCGAAAUCUCCAUUUUACCCUCGCCCGUUCUACUAAGAAAGAUGUCCCAUUUACAGAGCAAGAGGUCCUCCAAGCCGUGGCCGAGUCCGACGAGAGAGUCCUUCCCGGAGUAAGGACGUACGAGAACGAAUCGGCUCGUCUCGCUUUAGUCGGCGCCGUCGACUUCGAGCAGGCUCUGACGGCAGCUGCAGCCGAUGGAGGACAAGCCGCCGACGAGCAUAUCAGCUCGGGCAUGCCAGCUAUGGUUGUGGAGACCUUGUUCCCGGGCCAUUCGGACCCCCACAGCACAGUCUCGACCCGGCUGUUUCUGCCUGCUAGAAAAGUUAAAGAAAAAGCUGGUAAACUGAGAAGGUCCAUCACAGAAGAUAUGCUGUCAACCGCUACGUCCAGAAACAUACUUUCCAUGACAUUUAGACAAGUAGUGUUACAACUGCUUUGGAACUUCGAACUGGUUGUCUUUCGACCUGGAACAGAAAGGAAUAUGGAGGAUCUGGAGAACCCAAGAGAGGUCCCUCCAUCCUUCACCCUUAGUUCAUCGGAUGAACGGAUUAUGUCUGUGCUCGCAGAAGUUGUGUGCAUAUCUGCUCUUGAAAACACUGAAAGACAAUUUCUUGAAGAUUUCAUGGGCAAAACUACAAGUAAUCUGGUCCGCUGGUUCCGAAAGCCUAAAAGGACUGUAUCAAAAGAUUCCUCAGUUGUCAUAUACAAACUAUUUGAAGAUGAGAUAGUUGAAAAUGCCAAGAGUUUGCUGAAGAAUUUUAAUUUAACAAAGGGAAGUUUUAAGCCUGUAAAAACAAAAUCCAAGUACUAUCAAUGGACACCAACUGCACUCUCUAAAUUGGAAAAAAUUGGUGGUCCUGAGUUUAGUUCUUGGACUAGUGAGCAUGUUCCUGCUUACCGGCUACAAAUUGAUGCUAAUCAACAUAAAGAUGUGAAAUUUGAAGGCUGGAGAAAAUCUGCAGAAAAUUGGUGUGAAGUUUUUUUGACACACUCCCAAAUGGUUGGAUUGGCGGACAUAAUAGAUAUGUACUACGAAGAUCUUUACACAAUGCCGGAUAAGCAACUAUCAUGUGGUGUUGUUGCAAAUUCCACUAAUUUGUCAAAUAAGAAGAUGGGCUCUUUCUUGUUAAGAAUGCUAUCUGUCACCCUUGCAAGUGGAAUUUUUCUCAUUACAAUCAGUGCCCUUGGCCAACUUGGUUUUCCCUAUCCACAUAAAGGUGCAAAGUAUUUGAGAGAAGACAGGUCUUUUCCAUCAUCUGAAGUUGAUGGUGCACUAUAUCAGUCGGUGGAUGCUGUGAAGUUGGAAGCAUUUUGCGUCUCACUUGUCAAAAAGAUAAAAGAUGCCCUGGGUUGGCCAGGUGAGAUCAAGAUGGAAACAGAUGUGGGUGCUUGGACUGGUAAAGUACCAAAUUACUUGAGGAUGGUAGUUGAUUCGUCCAACAGGGAAGACAUGUCAUCUUUUUCUUCCUCUUCAGAGAAAAUUGAUGAAGACUUGAAAGCAUCAGCACAAGAUAUCGCUAGUUAUCAGGUCGUUCUGUCAACCGAUGGUAAGAUAGUGGGCUUCCAACCUUUGAGCAGUGUGGCUGUUAACCAUUGGGCUGCCAAUCCCUUAGCAAAAGAAUUAUAUAGAGGGCGAAAACUUUCACCUGGUUUAACAGAACCGGGUCUUAAGGUCCAGCGUCCAAAUGAGGUUGCUGUCAUAGAGUUGUUGAUGUCAGUAAAGCCAGAUGCCUGUUUUGCUUUGGCCAGGCCAGUUCGAUAA